AUGGAAGUUGAAGUAAAGCUCCGUCUACCAGAUUCCACUUCCCACCAGCGCCUCUCCAACAUCCUCUCCCGCCACCACCGCAAGACCCAUUUCCAGGAAAACGUCUUUUUCGACGGCAACAACGCCGAGCUCUCCUCCAACCUCGCUGUACUCCGCCUCCGCUUCUACGACCUCGAUUCCCACUCCGUCCUCUCCAUCAAAGCCAAGCCCGUUAUCUCCGGCGGCAUCAGUCGCAUCGAGGAGCAGGAAGAACCCAUUGACCCCGCAAUUGCCCGCCAAUGCGUGGCUGAACCCUGGAGGCUGUUGCUCAUCAGCUCGUCGGAUAUAAUCCGAAGAGUGAAGGAAGAAUACAAUGUUAAGGAUAAUGGGCUUGUGUGUUUAGGGGGAUUCAGGAAUGUGAGAGCAAUAUAUGAAUGGAAUGGACUGAAAUUGGAACUUGAUGAAACGCAUUAUGGAUUUGGUACGUGUUACGAGAUUGAAUGUGAAAGCUCCGAGCCUGAAGUUGCUAAGCAUUUGCUCGAGGAAUUGUUGAAUAGCAAUGGGAUUCACUACGAGUAUUCAGAGGUCUCCAAGUUUGCAAUUUUUCGAUCUGGAAAAUUGCCUCUAACUUCUCUCUCUCAAAAAGCAGCAAAACUAGUGCUUUUGACAUUAUGGGCAUCCUUGGGGCAUGAAGUUAAACAGAAAAAGAACAGAAUCAAUUGGCACGAGAAAAAGAAAGCAUUCGUGGGCAUUGUUGUAGGAGAGCAGAAGCAGUUGAGUGAGGUGAAGAGUGGAAGUAUAUCAUCUGUUCAGUGUCAGUUAUCCAUAAGGGCAGCAUAA